CUUCAAAAAAGUUAUCCCUUCUUUUUGUACUUGUGUAUUACCAUCAUCCCCAAAAUAAGCACAUCGACGAUACAGGUCGGGAAACACACCGUGACAAGGUUCCUCUACGGUUCUCACGCUCAUUUUCGCCUUUGUCCUUUUUUGCUACGACCUAUCUAAUUCGCAUAGCAUUUCUGUAAUCACUACUACGAGCUCGUGUUUCUCCUGAAUCCCGACAUCGUUCCCUACUAUUCCGUAUUCUAAGAGAUGCGACCGACCCUGUAGAAUUCGAUCAAGCCUUCAAGUCAAAUCGCCACGAUGGAGGCCGUGGCUUCUCCUUUGGGCCUGCAAGGUCCUACUACGAAUGGAAUAUCGCCUUCGUCAUUCAUUACCAUAGAUCCAGCUUUGGUGGUUGAAUAUUUGGCCUCCGUGGUCACUAUCGCUCUCGGAGCCACCCGAGAUGAGCUCGAACGUCCCGACAACCUCCUCUCACGAGAGAAUCACGACGACACUAUACAGCGAUGUAGCCGAUUUGCGACCGAUGCCCAGGUUGCUCUGUACGUUCAGAAGGAUGCGAAACCAUCAAACGAAAUGCCAGAUGGCCCGGUUGAUAAUGUCCCCAUGUCAUACACUUACACAAUCACGUCCGAGAUAUCUUCCUCACCGACGACGAUAGCCUAUCUUGCGCUCCUCAAACGCCCCCAAGCCAUCGACCCCUCGCUGCCGUUAACCUCGCAGAUCCAGAUCCAGACACUACCUGGUACUGCUUCACUUACUAAUCUUGUUAGUGAACAAGGUCCGACUGCUUCUCCUUUCGAGAUACUUCAUUCUAUUCUCCACAAUGCGCUGGCGCCAUAUUUUGAUGCCAACACGAAGACCUCUCAAGUUGCAAAUGGUGGGCGGAAUCGAGCAGACGUGGAUGCAAAGACGGGUAUCCCUGUAACGAAGAAGCGCAUGACGGAGCUUGAGCUGAGCUUGCUACACCUCCAACAAAAUGUCGAGAUUCCCGAGCUGUCUCUUUCGUUUCAUCCCGUUGUCCAGGGUGCCUUGGAAGAUGCUGGUGGACGCAAUAUACGGCCUAGUACCGAUAUGAUAUCCGCCAACCUUCUCUCGGAUAGUACAUUCAUGAACAACUUGCAGUCGACGGUAAACAGUUGGAUUAAAUCGAUACAGACCAUCACGAAACUAACUCGAGACCCCGUAACGAGAACUGCGACGCAGGAGAUUAACUUCUGGCUGUCCAUGGAGUCCGCGCUGGAAGGCAUCGAGACCCAGCUGAGGAGUGAAGGGGUUACGCUAACUUUAGAGAUCCUGAAGCAUGCGAAACGUUUUCAGGCUACUGUCAGUUUUACCGCCGAUACUGGUCUGAAGGAGGCUAUGGAAAUGGUGCAGAAGUACAACCAGCUUAUGCGAGAUUUCCCUCUGGAUGAAUUACUCUCCGCGACCUCGUUACCCAAGAUCCAGGAUGCUAUCGGCCAGAUCUUUAGCCAUAUGAACAAGAAGAUGAGGUUCAGCAAUUACCCCAUAGCACGGACUUUGCAUUUGGUCGAGGCUAUUUCGGCGGAUCUUGAAGAGGUUAUGCACCGUCUUCUUCCAGGCUCGGAAUUGGUUGACCUUGAUUAUAAGGACUUCAAAAGCCUUAUGACUACUGCUGACGAAAUCUUCAAGUCUUGGGAUGCUCAGAUCAAGGAUUUCACCAACAUUGCUAGAGAGACGACACGUAGAAGACAAGAAAGGUUUAUCCCUAUCAAAGUGAACCCGAAGCAUAGUGAGCUUCAGGCUCGACUCAAGUAUAUCGAUACCUUCCGAGACAACCACGAACAACUGCAGAGGACGAUCGUUAAUGUUCUCGGCCCGAAGUCGACUGUCAAUGGCAUUAAUGAGGAGACGGCCGGUAACAACGUUGCCCUUGUCGAGGAGAUGGGCGACGUAGACGCCGUUGAAGAAGUCCAGCAAGCUUGGGAAGCAUUGAAGCACGUUGACCUGCUUGAUGUUUCUCCCGAAGGCACCCAACGAUGGGUCAAAGCAGAGAACACCUACAAUGAACGAACCUCUCGAGUUGAAAAUUCUAUUAUCGCCAGAUUACGUGACCGCCUUGCAACGGCAAAAAAUGCGAAUGAAAUGUUCCGGGUUUUCUCCCAGUUCAAUGCACUCUUUGUGCGACCCAAGAUUCGGGGCGCCAUUGCUGAGUAUCAGAACCAACUCAUUGACAAUGUGAAGCAAGCUAUCUCAGGGCUUCACGAGCGCUUCAAGCAGCAGUAUGGUCACUCCGAGGCUCACGCUAUGGCCCAGCUUCAUGAUUUGCCCCCUGUCUCUGGUGCCAUUAUCUGGGCGCGUCAGAUCGAGCGACAGCUUGAUAAUUAUAUGAAGAAAGUUGAGGAUAUCCUUGGUUCCGAUUGGGCUCUUCAUACCGAGGGCCAGAAACUACAAACCGAGAGUGAAUUGUUCAGAAAGAAACUCAACACGGCAACUAUAUACAAAGCUUGGAUUGAGGAUGUCCAGCGUAAACAAAUCUCGAUAGCUGGUAGGCUCUUUAACAUCAACAAGAUUAGAGCGGCCAACAAUGCGCUUGAUCUCUCGGUGAACUUCGAUGCCCAGAUAAUCGCACUUUUCAAAGAGACUCGUAACCUCGGCUGGCAAAAUUUCAAUGUGCCUCAUGCGGUAAAUAAUAUCGCAAAGGACGCCAAGAGAGUGUAUCCGUACGCCGUGAGUUUGAUGGAAAGUGUGAGAACAUUUGCGCAGACAACCAGACAGAUAUCGGAACUACCUGAAGUCUCCAUUCUGUUAAGCGGCUAUCAGAACGACGUCCAUGUUCUGGUCGCGAAGGGUGUACCUUUGAAGUGGGAAACAUUCGUUAACACCUGGGAAUCGUACCAGAAGCCUUCGCUCGCUAAUGGCAGUCUUGAACACACGAUGGGCCGUAAUGGUGAGACUAAGCACGUCUUGUUCGUCCGGGAUUUUGCUGCUGCCGCUUCCCUUCUUCAGACGAAGACCGUUACCCUCGCAAAUAUUCACCUCAACGUUCAAAAGGCUUUGGCAGAAUUGGCCACCUGCUCCUACGAAGCGUCGGAGUUCGAAGCGCGUCUACAAGCGAUCCAAGCGGCCGUUGAUCAACUCAACUUAGAGCAAUACGUCAAUCUUGGCUUUUGGGUGGAGAGGAUGAAUGAACGAAUUAAGUUAACUCUGCUCACUCGCCUUCAACAUGCGGUCUCGGCGUGGAUCGAGGCAUUCGAAGAUGACACGCCGAUAGAUCGUAUUGAGGCCAACCGACGAAAGCAACUAGCGCCAAUUGGAGAAUCUCUCAAAUCUGAUGCUCCUCUCAUGAGGCACUUGAUUCACGAAAUUACGAUGAAGAAUCAGGUCAUCUAUUUAGACCCACCUCUGGAAUUCGCGAGAGCUAGCUGGUUCUUGCACUUGCACAACUGGAUAGGCAUUGUCUGUAACCUCCCAAAGAUUAAGGCCUCCAGAUACCAGAUGAGCUUAACGUUAAGCACCGUGGUUCAUGAAGAAGCUCGUUUUAAUGACCUUCCGAGUGAUUGCACCGAUAUACUUAGUAGAGUCUAUACCUCAGUUGAGAAAAAGUUGCAUGGUAUCGGCGAAUAUGUCGACAAAUGGUUGCAGUUUCAAUCUCUUUGGGAUUUGCAAUCUGAACAAGUGUACGAACUUCUUGGUGAUGAGCUCUCUAAAUGGCUGCAGUUGCUGCAAGAGAUUCGAAAAUCUCGUGCUACAUUUGACACCACCGAAGUUAGCCGCUCAUUCGGUCACAUUACCAUCGACUAUGAACAGGUCCAGAUGAAAGUCAACUCUAAGUAUGAUCAAUGGCAGCAGGAGAUCUUGGUGAAAUUUGCGAGCCGGCUUGGCAAUCGUAUGCGAGAGGUCAAUGCCGAAAUAGAAAAGGCCCGCAGAGACCUGGAAGGACAGAGCCUUGAAGCGACUUCGACUGCGAUGGCGGUCCAGUUCAUCACCAUUGUUCAAAGUUGCAAGCGCAAGGUUAAGACAUGGGCUCCUGAAGUUGAGACCUUCCGCCAAGGCCAAUCCACCCUCGUUCGAAACCGAUACAAUUUCCCGAACGACUGGGUCGAUGUUCAACAGGUUGAUUCUACGUGGGAGGCUCUCAACGAACUUCUAAACAGGAAGGCAAAAAUUGUCCAAGACCAGACUGAUGCUCUGAAGGCCAAGAUCGUCGCAGAGGACAGGGUGGUGAUAGACAAGAUAACCGAGAUUGCCACACAGUGGAACGACGAGAAGCCUGUUUCAGGGACGAUUGCCCCUGAUGUUGCGUCUGCCACUCUCACCUCUUUCGAAGCCAGAAUCACCAAAUUGCAAGAAGAAUUUGACAUGGUGUCUAAAGCUAAGGAAGCGCUCGACCUCCCCGCAAGCCCCGAGUCUUCUCUUUCGACCAUUCUGGAAGAAGUCCAAGACUUUAAGUCCGUCUGGGCUGCUCUGUCAACUAUCUGGAAGAGCUUAAAUGAACUUCGUGAGACUUUGUGGGGAAGUGUUCAACCCAGAAAGAUCCGAAGCAGCAUCGAUGGCUUGAUUAAGAUGACGAAGGAAAUGCCAAGUAGGAUGCGACAAUAUGCCGCUUUUGAGCAUAUUCAGAAUAUCCUCCGCCAGCUUCUGAAAGUGACUAGUCUCCUCACUGACUUGAAGUCAGAGGCCAUUCGAGAUCGACAUUGGACGAAGAUCUGGAAAGAUAUCAAGCCUGGGCGACGAUACUCCCCUGUUUCCAUGACACUCGGAGACGUCUGGGAUCUGAACCUCGUCGCUACCGAAGUUAUUGUGAGAGACAUCAUUACGCAGGCUCAGGGUGAGAUGGCACUAGAAGAGUUCUUGAAACAAGUGAAGGAGACCUGGAACAAUUAUCAACUAGAUCUUGUGCCAUAUCAAAAUAAGUGUCGUCUUAUCCGUGGCUGGGAUGAUCUUUUCGCGAAGUGUAGCGAGAAUCUAAACUCGUUGCAGGCGAUGAAACAUUCGCCAUAUUACAAAGAGUUCGAAGAGGAGGCAUCGUCUUGGGAGGACAAGCUGAAUCGCGUCCACGUACUGUUCGAUGUCUGGAUUGACGUUCAGCGCCAAUGGGUAUACUUGGAAGGUGUCUUCACCGGAAACGCAGACAUCAAGCAUCUCUUGCCAAUCGAGUCAUCCAGAUUUCAGAACAUCAACAGCGAAUUCAUGACUGUGAUGAAGAAAGUGUACAAACAACCGAUGGUAAUGGAUGUUCUAGGUAUCACUGGGGUGCAGAAGUCUCUCGAACGUCUUGCCGAACUGCUCAACAAGAUACAGAAAGCGCUCGGUGAAUAUCUCGAGAAGGAAAGAGUGUCGUUCCCUCGUUUCUACUUCGUUGGUGACGAGGACCUGCUGGAAAUGAUUGGUAAUAGCAACGAUACUUUGCGUAUUGCUAAACACUUCAAGAAGAUGUUUGCUGGUCUGACUGGGCUGGUGAUGGACGACGAAUCGAUCAUUUCAGGAUUCACUUCAAAGGAAGGAGAAAUUGUGCGACUUAAGAAAGAAAUCUCGUUGGCGAAAGUCCCCAAGAUCAAUGAUUGGUUGGCUUUACUUGAGAAUGGUAUGAAGGUCACCUUAGCUGAACUUCUUGCCGAAGCUGUUGAGGUAUACACUCCCUUAUUCGAAUCGGGCGAAAUUAGCCCGGAUACCUUGAACGAAUUCAUGAACGCCUUCCCCAGUCAGAUUGUGGUGUUAGCUACCCAAGUAGCUUGGACUACAGCAGUAGAGCGAUCAUUGAAUGAAGGUGGUAAGACGCUGCAAUCCCUCUUUGAGCGGGAGGUCCAGGUUCUCAGACUUCUCGCCGAGACUGUUCUUGGCGACUUGGAGGUGAUACAAAGGAAGAAAUGCGAAGCUCUUAUCACGGAAUGUGUUCAUCAGCGAGACGUUAUCGAGAAGCUAGUGAAGCUCAACGCCACUGCACCGACACAUUACAUGUGGUUACUACAAAUGCGAUACGUCUAUGCACCCGAGGGAGAUUACCUAGAACGUCUCCAUAUCAAGAUGGCAAAUGCCAAGCUCAACUAUGGCUUUGAAUACUUGGGUGUUCCUGAUAGACUGGUCCGAACUCCUCUCACCGAUCGUUGUUUUGGAACCCUUACCCAAGCUCUCUGUCAACGACUUGGUGGUUCUCCCUACGGACCUGCAGGUACUGGAAAGACGGAAUCAGUCAAAGCCCUUGGUGUCCAGCUAGGCCGCUUUACUCUUGUCUUUUGCUGCGAUGACACUUUUGAUUUCCAGGCCAUGGGUCGUAUUUUCCUUGGUAUUUGCCAGGUUGGAGCUUGGGGUUGUUUUGACGAGUUCAAUCGUUUGGAGGAAAGAAUUUUAUCUGCUGUGUCGCAACAAAUCCAGAAUAUCCAACUUGGUCUUAAACAGGGCGCGGAAGACGACAAAGCCCAAAUUGAAUUGGUCGGUCGGCAACUCCACGUAAACGCCAAUACGGGUAUCUUCAUUACGAUGAACCCUGGAUAUGCCGGUCGUUCCAAUUUGCCUGACAAUCUCAAGAAGCUGUUCCGUAGUGUUGCAAUGUCGAAACCGGACAAGGAACUUAUUGCUGAGGUCAUGCUUUACUCUCAAGGUUUUAACCAAGCCAAACAGCUCUCCAAACAGACGGUUCCUUUCUUCGACCAAUGUUCCGCAAAGCUGUCCAAGCAAGCACAUUACGAUUUCGGUCUCCGUGCCCUAAAGAGCGUACUGGUCAGCUCUGGUGGCCUCAAACGUGCCCGGCUCACAAAUAGUGACGGCAGCAUUGGUUCCGAGGAAGUUGUGGAACCUGAGAUCAUUGUACAGAGUGUUCGAGAGACCAUUGCUCCAAAGCUAAUCCGAAGCGAUGUGGAGAUUAUGAUGGCAAUCGAGGGAGAAUGCUUCCCAGGUGUUCAGUAUGUUCCUGCCAACUUAGUGGAACUUGAGGAUUCAAUUCGUCGUCUCGCAGCAGAGAGACAUCUUGUGGUCAAUGACAUUUGGAUGACCAAGGUCCUUCAGCUCUACCAGAUUCAGAAGAUCCACCAUGGUGUGAUGAUGGUGGGUAAUUCGGGAACUGGAAAAUCUGCUGCAUGGAGACUUCUCCUAGAUGCGCUUCAAGAAGUGGAGAAAGUCGAAGGUGUCUCUCAUGUUAUCGAUUCUAAAGUCAUGUCAAAGGAGGCACUAUACGGAAACUUGGACUCCACUACAAGAGAAUGGACCGAUGGUCUAUUUACCAGCAUACUGCGAAAGAUCGUUGACAACCUUCGUGGAGAAGACUCCAAGCGCCACUGGAUCGUAUUUGACGGCGACGUUGAUCCUGAAUGGGUUGAAAACUUGAACAGUGUCCUCGAUGACAAUAAGUUACUUACUCUCCCUAACGGUGAGCGUCUCAAUCUGCCACCUAAUGUCCGGAUCAUGUUUGAAGUCGAGACUUUGAAAUAUGCUACUCUGGCAACUGUCAGUCGAUGUGGUAUGGUCUGGUUUAGCGAGGACACUGUCACACCAAGCAUGAUGGUCGCCAACUAUCUCGAUACUCUCAGGACCGUGGCAUUCGAAGAUUUGGAUGAGGAUACGGCUGCUGCCGGCCAGAGUCCCGCGAAGACUCUCCAGAUUCAGAGCCAAGUUGCCGAUCUACUCAAUGCUUAUUUGUCGGAGGAGGACUUUAUUCUUGCUGCUCUAAAGCAAGCCGAAUCUUACAAUCAUAUCAUGGAGUUCACCGUAGCUCGUGUCCUGACAACCUUAUUCUCUUUACUAAACAAGGCUGUCAGAGAUAUGAUCGAAUACAACGCCUCUCACGUCGAUUUUCCUCUGGACCCGGAGCAAAUCGAAACUUAUGUCUCGAGGAAGUUAUUGCUCGCUCUAGUCUGGGCGUUGACUGGCGAUUGCCCUCUCAAUGAUCGAAAGAUAUUCGGAGAUAAUGUUGGGGCUUUGGCAAGCUUUGGAUCACCGCCUCUUGACGGCACCAGCUCUCUCAUCGACUUCGACGUCAUCCUCCCUAGAGCUGAAUGGACGCCGUGGCAGAACCAGGUCCCUACAAUUGAGGUCAACACACACUCAAUCACGCAAACAGAUGUUGUUAUUCCCACAUUGGAUACUGUUCGCCACGAAGAUGUGCUCUACUCUUGGCUUGCCGAACACAAGCCUCUUCUACUUUGCGGUCCGCCUGGAUCUGGUAAAACAAUGACUCUAUUUAGCGCACUUCGAAAAUUGCCCAACAUGGAGGUUGUCGGUCUCAAUUUCUCUAGUGCGACUACCCCCGACCUACUGAUCAAGACUUUCGAGCAAUAUUGCGAGUACAAGAAAACUCUGAACGGGGUGAUGCUAUCACCUACCCAGAUUGGGCGAUGGCUUGUGAUCUUCUGCGAUGAAAUCAAUUUGCCAGCACCAGAUAAAUAUAACACGCAGCGAGCUAUUUCGUUCCUUCGUCAAUUAGUGGAGCACAAUGGCUUCUGGCGGACGUCCGACAAAUCUUGGGUGACACUGGAUCGAAUCCAAUUUGUCGGCGCCUGCAACCCCCCAACUGAUGCAGGUCGUACGCCAAUGGGCGCCAGGUUCCUGAGACAUGCACCGUUAAUUAUGGUCGAUUAUCCCGGCGAACUGUCUCUCCUUCAGAUCUAUGGCACUUUCAACUCCGCUGUCCUGAAGAUAAUUCCGGCGCUACGUGGAUACUCCGAGCCACUCACCCAAGCAAUGGUUCGCUUCUACCUAGAAUCUCAACAACGAUUUACGCCUAAGAUCCAGCCACAUUACGUAUACAGUCCUCGUGAAUUGACUAGGUGGGCCCGUGGCGUGUACGAGGCCAUUCGCCCAUUGGAGACACUUUCUAUUGAAGGACUAAUCCGAAUUUGGGCACACGAAGCCCUACGACUUUUCCAGGACCGUUUGGUUGCAGAGGACGAGCGACAGUGGACUGACGAAGCUGUCCGACGAAUCGCAUUAGAGUUCUUCCCUACAAUCGACGAAUCUAAAGCUUUGGGUGGCCCAAUCUUAUUCUCCAAUUGGCUUUCCAAGAAUUAUGUCCCCGUUGAUCGAGAACAGUUACGAGACUUUGUCAAGGCUCGUCUUAAGACUUUCUGCGAAGAGGAAGUGGAUGUUCCACUCAUUUUGUUCAAUGAUGUGCUCGAACAUGUCCUUCGUAUUGAUCGUGUCUUUAGACAACCGCAGGGUCAUUUGAUAUUGAUUGGCGUCAGUGGAAGUGGAAAGACGACACUUUCAAGAUUUGUCGCUUGGAUGAAUGGUCUCAAAGUUUUCCAGAUCAAAGUCCAUGGAAAGUACUCCGCCGAGGACUUCGAUGAAGAUCUACGGGAGGUUUUACGCCGCUGCGGUUGCAAAGGCGAGAAGAUCUGCUUUAUCAUGGACGAAUCUAAUGUCCUUGACUCCGGUUUCUUGGAGCGCAUGAACACCCUUCUUGCUAACGCUGAAGUCCCUGGUCUUUUCGAAGGUGACGAUUUUGCAUCCCUUAUGACGGCUUGUAAAGAAGGCGCACAGCGACAAGGUUUACUGCUGGACUCUCAAGAAGAACUAUACAAGUGGUUCACACAGCAGAUUGUCAAGAACUUGCACGUGGUGUUUACUAUGAACCCACCUGAAGAUGGUUUAUCCUCCAAAGCUGCUACUAGUCCUGCUUUGUUCAAUCGUUGCGUGCUCAAUUGGUUUGGAGACUGGUCUGACCAGGCGCUCUUCCAGGUCGCUAAUGAGCUUACUCAUUCCAUCGAUCUUGAUAAGCCCAACUUCGCGGCUCCUGAUACUAUUCCUGUUGCAUAUCGCGGUCUUAACCUACCUCCUUCCCACAGAGAAACAAUCGUCAAUUCCAUGGUUUAUAUCCAUUAUUCUCUACAGCGCUUCAAUAGCAAACUUCAGAAACAACAAGGCAAGGUGACAUUCCUCACCCCGCGCCAUUUCCUUGACUUCGUCGCUCAGUAUGUCAAGUUAUACAACGAGAAGCGGGAAGAUCUAGAGGAACAGCAACGCCAUCUAAACGUUGGACUUGACAAGUUAAGAGACACGGUCGAGAAAGUCCGCGAUCUCAGGGUCAGUCUAGCUGAGAAGAAGACCCAGCUCGAGGCAAAAGAUGCAGAGGCCAAUGAGAAACUGCAACGCAUGGUUGCCGAUCAACGGGAAGCCGAACAGCGCAAAGGUGCUUCACUAGAGAUCCAAGCAGCGCUUGAAAAACAGGAAGCAGAGGUUGCCACUCGAAAGGAGGUUGUUUUGAACGAUCUUGCAAGAGCUGAGCCUGCUGUUGAAGAAGCUAAAGCUAGUGUCAGCAACAUUAAACGACAGCACUUGACUGAAGUCAGGUCUAUGGGUUCUCCACCCCAAGGUGUCCGACUUGCGAUGGAGUCGGUAUGCGCAUUACUGGGUCACAAGAUCGCCGAUUGGAAAGGCGUUCAAGCUGUGGUGCGACGUGAUGACUUCAUUGCGAGUAUCGUCAACUUUGAUAAUGAGAAGCAGAUGACCAAGACCCUGCGAACGCUAAUGCGGACCAAAUUUUUGAACCACGUCGACUUCACAUACGAAAAGGUUAACCGUGCCAGUAAGGCAUGUGGUCCGUUAGUUCAGUGGGUAGAGGCUCAAGUUAACUACUCUGAGAUUCUCGACAGGGUCGGUCCUUUACGAGAUGAGGUGGAUCAGCUUGAGGAGCAAGCCCUCCAGACGAAGGCUGAAGCAAAGGCUGUCGAAAACACCAUCAUCAGUCUAGAGCAAAGUAUCGCCACUUACAAGACUGAAUAUGCUGCUCUUAUUAGUGAGACCCAGGCCAUUAAGGCCGAGAUGUCUCGCGUUCAAUUCAAGGUCGACCGAAGCGUAAGACUACUCGACAGUCUUUCCUCAGAACGUACUCGUUGGGAGGAUGGAAGCAAGUCGUUCGAAACUCAAAUCAGCACUUUAGUUGGAGACGUCCUAGUUGCUGCGGCUUUCUUGGCCUACAGCGGUCUUUAUGACCAGACCUUCCGAAAGUCAAUGAUGGAAGACUGGUUGCAUCAACUACACCUUUCCGGGAUCAACUUUAAGCCGCACAAUCCCGUUACCGAAUACUUGUCGACUGCUGAUGAGCGACUUAGUUGGCAAGAAAACACCUUGCCUGUUGACGAUCUUUGCACAGAAAACGCCAUCGUCCUUAAGCGCUUCAACCGAUACCCUCUUAUUAUCGACCCUUCUGGCAGAGUUACCGAGUUCCUUCAACGCGAGUGUAAGGACCGUCGUCUUACUGUGACUAGUUUCUUGGAUGAUUCUUUCACCAAACAACUCGAGAGUUCUCUCAGAUUCGGUAACCCGAUUCUCAUUCAAGAUGCCGAGCACCUGGACCCCAUCCUUAACCAUGUCCUCAACAAGGAGUAUCAAAAAACAGGUGGUCGUGUACUCAUUCAACUUGGCAAGCAGGAAAUUGAUUUCUCGCCUGCGUUCAAGAUUUACUUGUCGACCAGAGAUCCGUCUGCUACAUUCCCACCCGAUAUUUGCAGUCGAACUACCUUUGUCAACUUCACAGUCACGCAGAGCAGUCUCCAGACUCAGUCCCUUAAUGAUGUCCUGAAAUCCGAGAGACCGGAUGUUGACGAGAGGAGAUCCAACCUCAUCAAACUCCAAGGCGAGUUCAAAGUCCAUCUUCGGCAGCUUGAGAAGCGUCUUCUUCAGGCCCUUAACGAAUCUCGUGGCAAUAUUCUCGAUGAUGACAACGUCAUCGAGACUCUUGAGACUCUCAAGACAGAAGCUGGUGAAAUCACGGCUAAGAUAAGCAAUACCGAAGGCGUAAUGGCUGAAGUAGAUGAGAUCACAUUGCAGUAUAGUAUCAUUGCGCGAUCGUGCAGCGCAGUCUUUGCUGUUCUCGAGCAAUUGCAUUAUCUCAAUCACUUCUACCAAUUCUCGCUUCAGUACUUCCUAGAUAUUUUCCACUCUGUUCUUCACGGCAAUAAGCACUUGACAGGCGAGACAGAUUUCAAUGUACGCCGAGACAUUAUCAUCAAAGACUUAUUUGUGACCACAUUCAAGAGAACAGCUUUGGGUCUACUACAGAAGGAUCGAAUCACUCUGGCUAUGCUCCUCGCUCAAGCUUCUCCUUACAAGAUGGACAAGGGCCUAAUCGAUGUCAUACUUGACGAUCGUAUCGAGGGCAAAGAUCUCUCUACUGAAAUCGACGCGAAAGAUGAGACUUUUACUAGAGCCAAGAGGCUUGGCGUAUUGAAGGACAAGCUCGAUCAAGUACCAUCCGCCGCCUGGGAAACAUUUUUAACAGAAGAAUUAGCCGAGAACGUUAUCCCCCAGAUUUGGGAUUCGAAUACCCCUUCAUUUGAUCAAGGGUUACUCUCGCUACUCCUUGUCAAGCUCUUCCGCCUCGACCGUUUCGUCCCAGCUGCAGAGCGAUUCGUCGCGUCUGUCUUUGGGGCUGAAUUAUUCGAUAUUGUGGACGAUCUCAAAGAAACUAUCAGCCAGGUCCCUUCAACUCGCCCCAUCUCGCUUGUUUCGAGCCCUGGCUUCGAUGCCAGCUACAAGGUGGACAAUCUAGUCGAGAGAACGCGUGUCAGAUGCACAAAUAUUGCCAUGGGAUCAAAUGAGAGUCUUGCGAGUGCGGAUAAAGCUAUUAGCAACGCAGCGCAGGUCGGAUCUUGGGUUUUGAUCAAGAACGUUCAUCUCGCACCUACUUGGUUACAAUCCCUGGAGAAGCGCAUGGAAUCCUUGAACCCGCACUCUGAUUUCAGGCUAUUCUUAUCGAUGGAAUCUAGCCCUAGGAUUCCUGUUAACUUGCUUCGCGCAUCUCGUGUGCUUAUGUACGAACAACCAGCUGGUGUCCGCGCCAACAUGAAGGACUCUAUGUCUUCUCUUACAGAUCGAGCUACGAAAAGCCCCGUGGAGCGCAGCCGAUUAUAUCUACUGCUCUCGUUCUUACAUGCUGUCGUUCAAGAACGUCUACGCUACGCACCCAACUUGGGCUGGAAGGGUUUCUGGGAGUUUAAUGAUAGUGAUUACGAAUGUUCUGCCUUUAUCGUGGAUACAUGGGUGGAAUCUGUGGCACAAAGCCGCUCAAACAUUAAUCCACAGAAUAUCCCUUGGGACAUGAUCCGCUACUUGGUCCGUGAGACAUACGGCGGCAAGAUCGAUGACGAAGGCGAUUUCAAUCGUUUAACAGAAUUAGUCAACCAAUCUCUUACGCCAGCAGCAUACGAAAUCGGGCACAAACUGGUGGAAGGCACGGAGAAGGAUGGGCAGGAAGCGAGCCUUGUGGUACCGUCUGGCACUUCGCUACAAGAGUUCAUGGCGUGGAUCCAGAAGUUACCUGAGCGCGAGCCACCAACUUACUUGGGUCUGCCUGCCAACGCAGAGAAACUACUGUUGGUUGGGCUCGGUAGAAGCCUGAUAGGAAACGUGAAGAAGGUGACGGAGUUAUUGGAUGAGGGAGAGCAGCUCAUGGGCGAGGUGUGAUAUGUCUGAACAAGACUAUGGACGUUGUUUCUUCAUUGAGGAGUUUGGUCUUUUUUUGCUACAGACUUCGAGAUUACAACCCUUCAUACCCUGAUACCCCCUUUUAGUUUAGAUUGUUACCUUUUUUUCCCUUCUAUUAAUUACAGGUGUAUAAGUUACACCAUACGCAAAAAUUAAAUUGUUGCCCAAUUACCUAGUA